GCCAGGGCCCCUUGUCUCCCCUGUGACAGGCAGGGCCCAGCAGCUCCCCAGUCCCCCAGGACUCUGUGCAGGGCACCAUCCCCGCCCCCACCCCAUCUGAACAGUCCCCACCCCAGCUCCCGUUUCUGCCGUGGACGCUUCCCCUGCUGCCCUUCUGCCCCCGGGCAGCUCUCGGUCACUACCAAUGGCCGCCUCUGUCGGCCUCAUCUUACUCUGCCUGCAGCCCUGAGCUCAGGGCCUCUGCCCCCCAUGUGCCGCCUUCUUCCGAAGGGCUCUUCCUCCCCUCCCCGCUGCGUGGGUGCCCCAGCCCUGGUGCGCUCCUUGGUUCCCUUGUGCUGUCGUUUCCCCCCCCCCCCUCAGUGAGCAGCUCCCUUCUAUGUCCUGCCCCUGUGACCUGCCCCUGUGUCCAGCCCCAGACUCUCCUCUGGACUCAGUCCCUCCUCACUGGCCUUCGGUCGGGCUUCUUGCAUCUCCCACUGUGCCUAAGACAGCAGGGGCCCAUCCAGCCUCCCCGUCCCCGCUCCCAAGCCCGGCUCCGCCUCUCCUCCCCCCACCUGCUCCCUCGGCCCCUCUUCUCCCCCCCGGGAGCCCCGCCUUCUAUCAGGGUCUCACCACCUUGCAGUGACUCCUGCCACAAUCGCCCUCUCCCUGGCCUCCCUGCCUCCGGCCCAGGCUCCAUCUCCAUGGACUCGGUGACUCGGAGCUGAAAUCUCUGCCGAGCCAGCCCUGUCCUCCCUCCCAGGCCCGGCCAUCGCUUCCUCUGCCCUCCCUCGUCUAACCUCUGGUCUCACACCGGCUGCCCCGGCCCAAAUUCUCGCCAGCCCUCGGUGCCCCCUCAGCACUUUCGGGCCCUUGGCUGCCUUCAGGUCCCGAGGAAACGACCCCCACCUUCCCAGGGUCUUUCCUGCGCCCUCCCAGGCCGUGUCCUCCCCCAGCCCCCUUGGGCAGGUCGCCCCCAGACUGUCCUGCCAUGUUAGAACAUGAGCUUGUGAGGGCGGCCCCCGUGAGCCCAGAGGGAGUCCCCAAGGCUUCCAAGGUCUGGCCUGGCCCAGGGAGGGCAGAAGGGGGAGGAGCCCCCUUCUCCAGGCCCGGCUGCUCCUUUCCCGGAGAGGGCCCAAGCUUCUGCGCCCAGACUGAGGCCAGAAGGAGGUCCAGGGCUGAGGCAGAGGCCCAAGAAGCCGGCUCUGAAGACAUCGACAUCCUUCCCAACGGCUUGGCGUUCCUCAGCGCAGGCCUCAAGUCUCCUGGGAUCCAGUGCUUUGCCCCCGAGAAGCCCGGAGGAAUCCUGAUGAUGGAUCUGAACAAGGACAGCCCCCGGGCUCUGGAGCUGAGGGUCAGCCGGGGCUUUGACCUGUCCACCUUUAACCCCCACGGCAUCAGCACGUUCAUCGACAAAGAUGACACCGUGUAUCUUUUCGUUGCCAAUCACCCCGAGUUCACGAGCACAGUGGAGAUUUUUCAGUUUGAAGAAGAGGAAAACUCCCUUUUACACCUGAAAACCGUCCGGCACGAGCUCCUGCCCAGUGUGAAUGACGUCGUGGCCGUGGGCCCGGAGCAUUUCUACGCCACCAACAGCCACUAUUUCUCCGACAUCUUCCUAAAGUAUCUGGAGGUCUACUUGAACCUGCGCUGGACCAACGUCAUUUACUACAGCCCCGAGGGUGCGCGCGUGGUGGCCGAAGGCUUCGACUCCACCAACGGCAUCAGCAUAUCCCCAGAUCACAAGUACGUCUAUGUCGCCGAUAGUUUUGCCCAUGAAAUCCACGUCAUGGAAAAACACGCCAACUGGAGUUUGAGUCCAGUGAAGGUGCUCCAGCUGGACACGCUAGUGGACAACCUGUCCGUUGACCCUUCCACGGGAGACCUCUGGGUGGGCUGUCACCCCAACGGCCUGAAGCUGCUCGUCUACGACCCCAGUCGCCCUCCUGCUUCCCAGGUGCUGCGGAUCCAGAACAUCCUUUCCGAGACGCCCGCCGUGAGCACGGUCUACGCCAACAACGGCUCCGUGCUGCAGGGCAGCACCGUGGCCUCCGUGUACGGCGGGAAGCUGCUCAUCGGCACGCUGUACCACAGGGCCCUCCAGUGCCAGCUCUGAGGGCAGCGCGGCCCGGCUCUCCCUGACGCUGAAGUCACUGGGAUUUGUUCCUCCCGGGGAAGCUCUCGGAGCGGGAGGGGCCGCGGGCGAGGAGGGGCCGCGGGUGAGGAGGGCGCGCUCCGGACCGCGGCCCUGCCUCCUGUGCCCGCCGGGCAGUGCCAGGCUGGCCGGGACCCCAGCGAUCCCUGGCGCUGUUCUGUGGCUCCCCCUGCUGGGGGCCCGCGGUUCCAGCUGCAACGGUUUGUCCCGGUCUCCUUUCCGACGCCGCCUGUGGGCGCCCAGAAACGGACUCCUUUACUAACAAAUAAAAGCCCCUAAACACA